AUGCUUUCAACACUAACUCGUUUGCUUGUACUCUCCGUAGCCGCCACUGCCCUUGCUCUGCCCACGCCCUCGGAUAUCGGCAAUUCUCAGGCUGCAGUUGAAAGGCGCGAGGUUUCUACUGUCGAUCCAAUUAAUCCCGCAUCAGAGGUGCACGGCCAUGCCGAUCGGAAGCUACAGGACCGUCUUGUUAUCGAACGGGACCCAGGGCUUGUAGGCCGCUCCGACAACGACUUGAACCCCGUCGUCCCACACUUACAGAAUGUUCCCGCGAUCCCCCUCGAUGUGGACGACCUUGACCAGUUACAGAAGAGGUGGUUUGGCAGUUGGGUCAAAGACAAGUGGAACAAGGGCACCGCAGGUGUCAAGAACUUUUUCAGCUGA